GGAGGAUCUGACAAUCGGGUGAUUCAUUGGGAACUAGAGAAUAAUCAGGUUUUAAAAUCAGUCCGUCUCCAAGGCCAUGAAGGACCUGUUUGUGCUGUGCACGCUAUUUACCAGAGUGGGCCAUCCGAAGGGGAGCAGCAUGCGCUGAUAGCUUCUGCAGCUUCAGAUUCUACUGUGCGAAUCUGGUCUAAAAAGGGGUCUGAAGUCAAAUACCUUCAGACCUUGAGCUUCAGGGAUGGAUUCGUUCUUUCUGUCUGCCUGGCUAUUUUGCCUGGUACUAAUGUGCCAGUAUUAGCAUGUGGUGAUGAUGACUGCAGAAUUCACUUAUAUAUUCAACAGGAUGACCAGUUUCAGAAAGCUCUUUCUCUCUGCGGACACGAGGACUGGAUAAGAGGCGUGGAAUGGGCAACCUUUGGUAGAGACCUUUUCCUAGCAAGCUGCUCACAGGACUGCCUAAUAAGAAUAUGGAGACUGUAUAUGAAACCAGCAUCUUUCGAAACCAAGGAUGGUAGUUUAAGGCUGAAGGAAAACACGUUCACUAUAAAGGAUGGCGGUGUUAGAACAACGGUUGCGGUUACCCUGGAGACAGUGCUGGCUGGACACGAAAACUGGGUAAACGCAGUUCAUUGGCAGCCUUCAUUUUACAAAGGUAGGAGGACAACCGACAGCUCUUGCCUCAUUACAUGUAACGGGGAUUGCUUUGAGGGGAACUAAAGUUCAUAAAAGUGAGGCGUCUUGACCUGUGUAAUCGGUGUACUGACGUCUGGCCGGCUGCUGCAAGGUGCUAACACUGCCAUCCUACUGGCUCUGUUUCUUUAAAGUUUCUGUGGGAUUCGGGAGUGUAAGGAAAAUUGACUCAAGCCAACCUCACUGGAACCUUUACUCUUGAUAAUGUGGAGGGGGUGACACUGAGAGGCAGUACGUAGGAAAACAACGCUUUUCCCUUCUGUCUUUUGCCCUUCCUCUCUGUGUAUGAGGGGCAGGGUAUCAUGCUGAGGCUGAUGCUGCUGUAAAGCUGAGGAAGGCGCAGGCUGGUUCUUUGACCCAGGAAAAGCAAUCACUAAUGUCCAGGUGGUCAGCACUCAGCUCUUAGAUGGUGUUCUGCAGCAGCCAGUGAGACUGCUGUCUGCCUCCAUGGACAAAACCAUGAUUCUCUGGGCUCCAGAUGAAGAGUCAGGGGUUUGGUUAGAACAGGUCCGAGUAGGUGAAGUAGGUGGAAAUACCCUGGGGUUUUAUGAUUGCCAGUUCGGUGAAAAUGGCACCAUGAUCAUCGCUCAUGCAUUCCACGGAGCACUGCACCUUUGGAAACAGAGUACCGUAAACCCAAGGCAGUGGGCUCCAGAGAUUGUCAUUUCAGGUCACUUCGAUGGCGUCCAAGACCUGAUGUGGGAUCCAGAGGGAGAGUUCAUCAUCACUACCAGCACCGAUCAGACCACUCGCCUUUUCGCUCCAUGGAAGAAGAAGGACCAGAAGGACCGAUCACAGGUCACUUGGCAUGAGAUCGCAAGGCCUCAGAUACAUGGAUACAACAUCAAGUGUUUGGCGAUGAUUGAUCGGUUUCAGUUUGUGUCUGGAGCAGACGAGAAAGUUCUUCGUGUUUUUUCUGCUCCUCGGAAUUUUGUGGAAAAUUUUAGUGUCAUUUCCAGACAGUCACUAAGUCACAUGCUCUGUGAUGACCAAGAUCUUCCAGAAGGAGCCACUGUUCCUGCAUUAGGGCUGUCAAAUAAAGCUCUCUUUCAGGGAGACAUAGCCUCUCAGCCCUUUGAGGAGGAUGAACUCAUAAGCCCUGCCUUUGGGUCUCCCCAGGUGACCUUUCAGCCCGCUGUCCUUAAUGAACCUCCCACUGAGGAUCACCUUCUGCAGAACACCCUGUGGCCUGAGAUUCAGAAACUGUACGGACAUGGCUAUGAGAUAGUUUGUGUGGCCUGUAACAAUUCCAAGACUCUACUUGCCUCUGCUUGUAAGGCAUCUCAGAAGGAGCACGCAGCUAUCAUUCUUUGGAGCACGGCAUCUUGGAAACAAGUGCAGAGUCUUGCUUUCCACACUCUGACUGUCACACAGAUGACAUUCUCACCUGAUGACAAGUUCUUACUGGCUGUUUCCAGAGAUCGAACCUGGUCUUUGUGGAAGAGACAGGAUGCGACUUCCUCGGAGUUUGAUCCAUUUUUUAGUCUCUUUGCAUUCACCAACAAAAUUACUUCUGUGCAUAGUAGAAUCAUUUGGUCUUGUGACUGGAGUCCUGAUAACAAGUACUUCUUCACUGGAAGUCGAGACAAAAAGGUGGUUGUCUGGGGCGAGUGUAAGUCCAGCCAUAACCCCAUGGAGCACCCGAUCCGUCCCUGCUCCUCGAUCCUGGAUGUGGGCAGUUCUGUGACAGCUGUCAGUGUCUGCCCUGUGCUUAACCCAGCCCAGAGAUACAUUGUUGCAAUUGGAUUAGAGAGUGGGAAGAUUUGUAUAUACUCCUGGAACAAGACCAACCAAGAAAUCAAUGACUGGACCAGCUGUGUAGAAACAAAUCCAAGCCAGAGUCACAGCCUGGGUAUCAGAAGGUUAUGCUGGAAGAGCUGCAGCGAUGACGACGACGAUGAUGACGAUGACGACACCGAGCAGAGUGAAGAGGGGCCGGAGUGGUUGCAUUUUGCAAGCUGUGGCGAGGACCAUACCGUGAAGAUUUACAGGGUUAACAGACGCGCACUGUGAAGACUUGACUGCACCCUCCCCAUCUUGAUUGUCUUAAGUGUUUGUUAUGUAAAUAGAUCCCCUUUCUUUACCUUCGUGAUUGAUUGAGUUUCCCUGUCUACUAUGUGUUGAAGCCCAUGGAUGCUCCCCCUUGUCAUAUGGUAUAUAUAUAACCACCCUGAACCUUACCCAUGCUGUCAAAGAUGCCUGGAUGUACCUCUGUGCGUUCCAAAUUAAGAACAUUUUUUAAAUUUGUGCCCAA